AUGGUCUCAAGGCUAUUCACUUUAUCAGCCCUGUUGGGCCUUGCUAUCGGAGCCGUGAUUCCAAACAACAAUGGCUUUCCCACACCCAAUGACCAACAAAAGCUCCAAAUAGCGCAAGAAGCAGGAGGCCUGCUCCCCGGUAGUCCGCCCCCUGAUUCACUUGGUGCCGGCAGCAUCACUGCCUUCCAGCUCAUCGCCUUCAACGAGCUCUUCGAGACGGCGUACUUUAGCUCACUGCUGCACAACAUCACUUCUGGGGCUCCCGGAUACGAGGCCGAAAAUACAGACGAGUUGGCCAAGAUAUUCUCGACAGUACUGGCGCAAGAGGAACAGCACGCCCUCGCGGCCGUGUCUACACUCAAGGCCGCCAACGCCUUUGCACCCUCCGCUUGCCAGUAUCAAUUCCCCGUGUCGAACCUCAAGGAUGCGGUAAAUCUAGCCGAGACGUUUACGGCAGUUGUCCUAGGCGCACUUCAGGGGGCAAACGUCAUAUUCAGCCAGGACAAGCAGACAGGCGCCGUCCAAACGGUCUCUUCCGUCAUCGGCCAAGAGGGCGAGCAAAACGGCUUCUACAGAGUGUUUCUGGAUAAAGUGCCUUCCGAAUCGCCUUUUCUCACGACGGUCCCAGCCCCCUUUGCCUGGUCGGCGCUGCAGGCCUUCGUCGUGCCCGACUCGUGCCCCUUCCCGCUGAGCAAUAUCAACCUCCCUAUUUUCCCUGCCUUGGAGGUAAACGGGGGGGCUAUUGCCUCGGUCGAGCCCCGGGACCAGACGCUCUCUUUCUCCGCGGACGUGUCCGGCUCGGAAGCUGCUAAGGCUUAUAUUGGCCGCGACAAUCUGUUUGCCACGUACACGACGGGUCAGCAGCUGCCUAUCUCGGUGGCCAUUACCAACGUGGAAUGGUCCGGGGGCAGGAUUAGUUUCCAGGCUCCGUUCCCCUUUUCGAAAUUUGUCAUGCAAGGGUUCAGCCACGUGGCUCUGACGACGGGCGACACGUUUGACAGCGCGGAUGCGGUGGUGCAGUCGGCGCUUGCGGCUCCGGGGCUCAUUCAAGUGAAUAACCGGCUGUAA